AGCGCCUCACCUGUAUCAGAAACGUCAAACAGCGCAAUGAAAACAAUGAACGAAGAAAGUUUAGACAACUGGGGGUUGUCUAAAGCGUUUUUAUUUUUUAAUUUUAGACUAUUUUAACUGAUAAUUAACCCCAAAAAAUAAUAAAAUCGCCUCUUCCGCGUGAAACCGGCAUUUGGAGCCAGUACUCUUUUUUUCUUUCUUCUUCUUCUUCUUCUUUUUCUCGUGUCGACAGAACCAGGAAGUCCGGGGUAUUUUUUUUUUUGGUAAACAUUAAAAAGUUGACACCGCGAUGGAGAGGGACGUUUAAUCAACGUAUCGAUGAGGCUGACGUCACCGUGACCAUCUUAUUGACUUUAACUCGUUGGUUACGGCGGCGGCGGCGGCGCGCGCGCUGGGUUUUAGUUGUUAACUUUCCUCGAGCGAGCAGGAAAUGGAAGCUCCUCAACUCACCGAGGAGGAGAUGGCAGAGAUUAAGAAAGACGUGCUGACCAGAAUGCGGCACUACCUCUGCGACAAGAUCCGAGCGGAGCGCCACCUGGACUACCUGCGCUCUCGCCGGAUCCUGACGCGGGACGACGCCGAGGAGAUUGGCUGCCGGACCACGCAGACCAAGAGGACGGCCAUGCUGUUGGACAUGCUGGCGGAGAACCCCCGGGGCCUGGACGCCUUGGUCGAGUCCGUCAGGGAGCAGCGCUCGCAAAACUUCAUAGUGGCCAAGAUCACGGACGAGGUGCAGAAGGCCAAAAACGAGAAGAUGGAGUCUCUCAAAGCUUCCGGUUCCCCGUCCGGCGGCGGCGCUUUGAUCCCUCCCGGCGACGCCGCCUCCAUGUUCUCCAACCACUCCACCAUGCUCUUCCACCCGGACGGCGAGCGGAGCCCCUACUCUUCGGACGUGGCGAGCUCGCUCGACCUGCUGUCGUUGCAGGGAGGCGGAGUCUCCCCCGCCGACGUCAGCGUCGGCGUCGCCUCCUCCGCCACCUCCUCCAUCCUCCCGAGGCCCGGUGACCCCGGGGCUCCCCCGCUGCCGGAUGAGGUGGCGGCGGUGGAGUCCCCCUCCAACGUGGACGCCGGAGCGCCGGGGUGCACCAGCAGCGGAGGGGACCCAAACUUCCAGGCCCUCCGGUCGCGCUCCAUCACCCAGACGUUCCCCACAGGUGCAUCUUUUAACAGGGUCACAACUGGACCGGACACAGACCAGCAGAACCCUCAUCCACUCCAGACCCGAGCCUCUGAUUAGGCUGAACCUGUUCCACAUGGGAUGUUUUACUACUCAACCAAUCAGCUGUUCGUUAUGGAGAUUUAUUUGUCACUUGGGUUAAAACUUUGUUAGAGAGUUGUUUUUUUUUGGUGCCAAUUCAUUAACUUAGUUUUAAUCCAAGGCCAAAUAAUAGCAUAGUUUUUAAGAAAUGUAUACAUGUUUUUAUCCAAAACCUUUUUAUUUUAAUGAUACAAAAAUAUAAGCAGGUGUACAAUAACGUGGCCAAAAAUAUAAUGCAGUUUAAAAUUGGCCAACUUUGUGAUUUUUAAAUCUAAACUAUGAAUUGGAGCCAGCGUUUCGAUGCCACCUCUCGGUUCUUAAUAGUUUUUAAUACUCUUGAAUCACAAAACCAACAUGACGCAACAUGACGUGUGUUAUUAUUUAGAUAUUUAUCUUGCCUUUUUUCUUUUAAGUUUGCUGCUUUCACUCGCCACUAAAUAGAAAGGGGAAGAUUGUUAAAAUAUAUAUUGUUAACUCUAUAAUAAUAAUUUUGAUACUGUAACUGGUUUUGACUUUUAUUCAUUUAUGUCUACUGUCGUGAUUUCUUUAUUUAACGGUGUGAUGCAUAAUAAUAAUAAUAAUAAUAAUAAUAGAAGUAUUUGUCUGCAUUUACUGUGUGCUACAUGCUCGCUGUUGCAGGCGAUAAUCACUGUAUCAUGGAAAAAUAUAUAAUUUAAAGCUG